AUCCUAUUGUAUACAAUUCCACUACACGAUCAUGGCCGAUAAUUGAUGGUUUGCACUUCAAUGGACAAAAACACAGACAUAUGAUUUUUUAGUGAGAAGAAGGAACUAGUUUUCGUUGAUAGAUACUUCACUCCUGAUCCAUCAUGGCUGAAGAAAGUGUAAAAGUCGCCGUCCGAGUGAGACCUUUCAACUCUCGCGAAAAAGCUCGGAGUGCGCAACUGAUCAUCGACAUGCAGGGUACAACAACCACAAUAAAAAAUCCAGCUGAUCCAAACGGAGAGCCUAGGAAAUUUAAUUUUGACCACAGCUACUGGUCACAUGAUGGCUUUGAGGAAGAUGCCAAUGGCUAUUUAACACCAGUGUCUCCACGGUAUGCAGAUCAGAAACGUGUGUUUAGUGACCUUGGUAAUGGUGUUCUAAAGAAUGCUUGGGAGGGGUACAAUUGCUCCCUAUUUGCAUAUGGACAGACAGGUUCUGGAAAAUCCUAUUCGGUCGUUGGAUAUGGUGCAAACAAAGGUAUUGUACCAAUGUUCUGCAAUCAGGUUUUUGUUGGUAUUGAUGAGAAGAAGGCAGAAGGUACUAAGACAGAGUAUGAGGUAAACUUUAGUAUGCUGGAAAUCUACAACGAGCAGGUCCGAGAUCUGUUGUCUCCUUCUAACAAGAAGAAAGGAGGUCUACGAGUGAGGGAACAUCCCAAGAAAGGGUUCUACGCUGAGGGGUUACGUACCGUCCCAGUUAACAGCUACAACGACAUCGAAAACCGAAUGGAAGAGGGUACACGCAACAGGACAGUAGCAGCUACACAGAUGAACGCUACAAGUAGUCGUGCUCAUACAAUUGUAGGCGUUUCAUUCACCCAGAAAUCGUUUAAUGAUGCAGGACAAGAGAUGGCUAAGGUUUCCCUUAUCAAUUUAGUUGAUUUAGCAGGAAGUGAGAGGGCUGAUUCAACUGGAGCUACUGGGGAUCGACUGAAAGAGGGCGCUGCCAUUAACCAGUCCCUCUCUGCUCUUGGUAAUGUCAUCGCAGCUUUGGCAGAUGCUAGCCAAGGAAAGAGAGUCAAAGUUCCGUACAGAGAUUCAGUGUUAACAAGGCUUUUGAAGAAUGCCCUCGGUGGAAACAGCAAGACCAUUAUGAUCGCUGCCCUGAGUCCUGCAGAUAUCAAUUAUGAAGAAACCCUAUCGACACUGAGAUAUGCUGACCGUGCAAAGCAGAUCAAAACGAAGGCAGUCGUGAAUGAGGAUCCAACCGAGAAAUUAAUUCGUGAGUUGAAAGAGGAAAAUGAGAAACUACGAGAAGCAUUGAAGAAUGGCGGUGUAAUCUCAAUGAAGGCAGACGAUGAUGAUGAUGAGGCCGGAGGAAAAGGAGAUGUGGAAGCUAUAAGGAAGCAACUGGAAGAGGAAAUGAAAGCUGUGUUGGAAGCAAAUGAACUUGAAAUGGAGAUGAUGAAGAAAACUUGGCAGGAAAAGUUAGAUAGUGCUGGAAAGGGCGAUGAGGGUGAAAAAUCCAAGAAGGAGGAAUGUAAGACAACGCCUCAUCUUUACAACCUUAACAUUGACAACCAGCUCUCCGGUAUGAUAGUGCAUAUAAUAAAAGAAGGUACCCUGAAGGUGGGCAGUACAAAAGCUAGCCCCCAAGCAGACAUUGUCCUGUCAGGCCUAGGAAUUCAACCGGAUCAUGCACUGUUGGCUGUUGAGAAUGGCAACGUGUUCCUGGAGAAGGUAGCGGAUGGCAAAGUGCUUCUGAAUGGGGAACCCUUGACCUCCAAACAACAGCUGGAUCACAAUGACAGGAUUAUGUUCGGUUCUAACCAUAUGUACGUGUUCCAACACCCUGGUCUGAAGGCAGCCAACCCAGACAACUACAGGAUACCAGUCACGUAUGAAAUGGCUCAGCAAGAGAUUGCACAGAACAAUGGAUUUGAUAUGUCCUCCAAACAAUCAGUAGAGGAGAUGAUAUUACAAGAAGACCUUAUCGACCUGAUGCCUGCUGUGGAGGAGGCUAAUGCUAUUAGUGAGGAUCUUGAUCGAAAAGUCAAGUUUGAAAUUGUGGUCGUCUCACCAAAAGCAAGAGGGCUCACUCAUGGUAGAACGGAAGUUUGUGUGAAGAUGCGCAACAUGGUAUCUGACCAGGAAUAUAUUUGGUCAAGAGACAAAUUUCAACGACGCAAGUACCUUAUGCAGGAGAUGUAUGAGAACUACUCAGAUGGAGAAGACUGGCAGCUGCCAGAUGAAAAGGAUCCCUUCACAGAAUCACCCGAUACAGAGAUCCAAAUUGGUCAUGUUAACAUCUACCUGCAGAGCAUGGCAUACAUGAUUGAACUGAAGGACAGUCUUGAGGUUUACGAUAUGAAAGGGAAAGAAAUUGGAAUGAUGGAUGUGGAAGUAAUUCCAUGCAAUGCCAAGGGCAAGGAACUCACAGAAGCCGAUGAUAUGUUUGUUGAUGACCCCAAAGAACUUAUUUCCUCCAGUGUUAACUUUGUUGUGAAGAUCCAAUCUAUCAUAGGAUUACCAAACAAGUAUACGGACUUAUAUUGCAGAUAUAAUAUGUUUCUAGAUGUAGAACCCACCAAAACUAAAGUUAUCCAGAACACAUCCAAUCCAGAAUUCAAACACAGGAAGAACUUUUCAUUUAACCCAGCAACUUCACAGCUGGUGGACUACCUAGCAAACGGCAUCUUGGCAGUGCAGGUAUGGGGCAAGUACAAGACUGAGCAAGCACAUCGAACCAAGAACAUGAGCACAAAACAAAUGGUCAUGUCAGAAACGCUGGCAAAAGGUCGCAAUCUUAAUGUCAAUGGUGUCAAGGCUUGUGAUCCAGAAAAAGUAGCCCUUAAAUUUCAGAUGACUGCAUUCAAGAAGCAACAAGAGAGACUUAGCACCAAAGUGGCCCAGAUCCGCAGAUGUGUACAGGUUGCCGAGGAGCAUAAGAAGGCUAGAAUCCAGACUCUACUCCUGAAGGAAGUUCUUAAUGCCCAGAAUCCUAAGACAGUAGAAAUGGCUAUCAAACGAAUCCCACAAGAUGAUGGCUGUGGGCCUUACCAACCUGAAUCCCAGCAAUCAGCCAUGUGUAAGCUGAUGUAAUUUACCAUCAUCCAAAUGAAGUUAAAUUCAACAUCACUGAAACUUUUGAUGAUGGUGUACAUCACACCAGUAUUUGACAAUGGUUAACAUCGCCACAAAAAUAAAGGACAACAAUUAAAGCAGUCUCAUAUCUUUAUAUUGUUUUGGUGUGUAUCAGUAGUGGUCAUCCUUCUAGGCUUCUUCGAAGUGUAAAUAUCCGGUCAACCUCAAUAUGCAGUGUAUACCUCAUUAUUGUUGAUAUUGCUAUUAUUAUCUAUUUUAUUAUUGUUGCCAGUCAGUUGUAUUAUAUAUCAUAUAUUAUAGUCAAUCCUAUAUUAUUAUUUGUUAUUGUUAUUUUUAUUAUUAAUAUUAUUAUUAUAUACAGUAGUGGUUGUUUUAUUACAUUAGUUACCAUAAUGGAUGGAUGGAUUUAUUCCGUGUAAACGCUAAGGAUAACCCGGGAAAGUCUGAAGAAGACUUAUUUCCAGUGGGGUCCUUCUGAUGGUGGGGAUGGUGGUGAACACGAACAUUAAAAUAAGUCUUGAAGGAUUGUAUGGUGAUUUGACAACCAUGAGGCAAAUACUACAAAUCUUAAUUGUUAUUUGGUUCCGAGAAGAACGGUUUGGAUUGUAAUUGAACAUUGUUGCUGCUAUUACUAUUUUCAUUACUAUUUUAUUAGUGGUAAAUAUAUUAUGAAUUAAUGAUGUUAGUUUAUUUCACAAUGCUAAAUACUGAUGUUUACCAUUAUCUGCUCUUCCAUUGUUAGAAUCUUCCUGUGUUAAAAAUGUUUUUUUUCUUUUGGUAAUGUUUUUUCUUUUGGUAAUGUUUUAAGGUGCAAUGAGUGUAAUAAAACAAAAAUAUCGGUUACAAAGAGCAAACCCAUAUGGAGUUUAAUUACAUAUCCAAUGCCAGUAACUUUUAGUUUAGAAAUAUAUUUGUCUAAACAUAUUAACGGCUAAUUCAUACCUCUAUAUAAUACCAUACUUAAAUAACUUUAUUUUUGUAUAUUGUGUUGUGACUGUAUUUUGUGUAUAUUUUUGUUUAAAAUAUGUUAUAAGUUUAAAAAACUAUAUAUUAAUUAACAUUUGAGGUUUACUAUAGUGUACUAUGGAGCGAGAAAGAAUAUGUACAGUAUAACAUUUUAUUUUAAUAUAGAUUUUCCUUUUAUAGACAUACUGUCUUGCAAAUCUAACUUGGAAAUUUACACAAAUUUUUGCUAUCAUACAAGGAUUUUCAUCAAUAAAUCGUAUAAUGGCAUCAUUUGUAAAUCAUUUAACAGAUAUUGUAUAUUGUUUUUUUAUCUGAUUGAAAGUUAGUACGGUACCUGGUGUGAUUCUUUUAAGCAAUUACAUUUGUAUUAACAUUUUUGUUUUGAUUUGACAGUAUUUAGGUUUUUUGAUUGUUAUAGCAUUAUAACUUUCUAUACUUUUCUAUAUUGAUUUGGGGAUCCAUCUUGUCAUUGCAUUGUCAUGCAACUGUAUUUGAUUCCAGGACAAUAAAUUACUGUCUUAUGAUGUUUACCUAAUUG